AAACCCCCGGACAGGGCCAAACAGGUAGGAUAUAACCCCACCCACUUUGCCAAAGCACAGCCCCCACAUCAUGCUCUACAACAUCAGUAAAGUAUGACCUUACCUCACACAGGAGGCGGCGCAGUUCCUAAUCCAGACACAUUUAAUCUCCUGUCUAGACUACUGCAACUCUUUGUUGGCUGGGCUCCCUGCUUGUCAUCAAAUCCCUGCAAUUUAUCCAGAAUACCGCAGCCCCCCUGGUGUUCAACUUUCCCAUGUUCUCCCAUGUUUCCCCGCUCGUCCGCACACUCCACUGGCUUCCCGUCGAAGUUCAAAGCAUCUUCAAGACCCUGGUGCUUGCCUACGGAGCAGCACUCUGUUCCGCCACCUCUGGUCUCUUGGCCCCCUCUUGACCCCAAUGGUGGAACAAGCUUCCCCCAAAGUUAGGACAGUGGAGUCCCUGCCCAUAUUUCGACAACAUCUGAAACCCUACCUCUUUUUGAAGAGUAUCUUCAAAAAUAGCAUGCCAGCAGUUACCAAAGACUUCCAGUAUUGAGCUUAUGUCAAUUAGGUAUUGAGCUUAAAACUGCACACAGAGGUAUAUAAAAAUGGUAUCCCUGAGUUAAUCUGACUCUGGGGAAGUAGAUAAAGGGAUUCAUUGCCAAAAUCCUGAAAUUUCCCUUUAAAUUAAGACACUGCAGCGCCAGCGCGAGAGAUAAGAAAUGCGUUGUACUCAAUUGUCCCAUUAUCCCAAAUAUUAUACCGAGAAGAUUGAAUGACUGCUAGUUUUUGCGAAAACUGACCUUUUCGUCCUCAUGCUAGGUAGCAGAUGCCACAGCAGCCAUUUUGGAAUUCAUCCCUGGAUCGAGCUGCAGUUACAGAAGACCCAGUAUUUGCAACUAGGGCAGAAUCGUGGACAGUACUAUGGAGGCUCACUGCCCAAUGUCAAUCAGAUUGGAAAUAGCAACAUUGACCUGCCUUUUCAGAAUUCCACCUUGGACAGCAGUCGGUCGACCAGGCAUCACGGGCUGGUGGACCGCGUUUACCGCGAUCGGAACCGCAUCACCUCCCCACACCGCCGGCCCCUCUCUGUGGACAAACAUGGCCGCCAGAUUGACAGCUGCCCCUAUAGCUCAGUGUACCUCUCACCCCCACCGGAUACCAGUUGGAGGAGGACAAACUCCGACUCAGCCCUACACCAGAGCGCCACGAACCCUGUGCCCCAGGACUCAUUUGCAGGGGGUUCACAAGAGCUCCAGCCUAAACAAGUGCUGCUGCUUACAGUUCCUGGGACUGAGUCUGACUCACACGCAGACAAGGAUACACAGUGGGGUAACAAAAAGAAUGACUCAAGACCCAAGUCUUGUGAAGUCCCUGGGAUCAAUAUAUUUCCAUCACCUGAUCAGGAAGUGAACACGUCAUUGAUCCCGGCCACGCUCAACACAGGAGGCUCCCUGCCCGAUCUGACCAACAUUCAGUUCCCCCCACCACUACCCACUCCGCUGGACCCGGGCGACACUUUGGUGUUUCCUUCCCUUAGCACCUCCAACAGCACGGGCAGCCUGACCACCAACCUCACCCUCCUAGGCAUCAGUGCUGCCAGCCACGGGAUCCCAACCACCUCUCAGUCUACCAUGACGGCCCAGAGCAGGCAGUCCACCCUGGUUCCCCUAACCCUGAACGCUGACCCACAGCAGUCACCGCAGCAGCUCUCCCCCACCCUAUCGCCCCCUCUCAACAUCCAGGCAGUGGCGAUGGACGCCUUGACUCUGGAGCAGCAGCUAUCCCAUUACGCCUUCUUUAGCCAGCUGACAGCGCAGUCCCAGGCCCAAGUGCUCAAUGACCUGCAGCAGCAAGCCCUGCCCCAGAGUAUCAGGCUUAUCACCCUGCCCCUGGCCACCACCACUGCCUCCACAGCCACCCAGUCCUCCCCAGUCAGCCAGAUCGCAACGACUGUCAACAUCAACUCGUACCGCAAUCAGACUGGCUCUCCAGCCAAUCAGUCUCCAACCUCCCCAGUCUCCAAUCAAGGCUUCUCGCCUCAAAUACCCAAGAAAAGGCUUUACCCAUUGACUCACAUUCCAAUGGUGGGCAGUAUAUUUGGGGAUUCUUUCUACGACCAGCAGCUAACAUCAAGGCAGACCAACGCUCUCUCCCAUCAGCUCGAGCAGUUCAAUAUGAUUGAGAACCCGAUCAGCUCCAAUAGCCUGUACAGCCAGUGCUCCACCCUCAACUAUACACAAGCAGCUAUGAUGGGCCUCACAGGGAGCAGCCUGCACCACUCCCAGCCGUUGGGCUACGGUAGCCAUGGCAACAUCCCAAACAUCAUCCUCACAGUGACAGGCGAGUCUCCACCCAGCCUCUCUAAGGAGUUAACCAACUCACUGGCCGGCGUCGGAGAUGUCAGCUUCGACACGGACUCUCAGUUCCCAUUGGACGAGCUGAAGAUUGACCCCCUCACCCUGGACGGACUGCACAUGCUCAAUGACCCCGACAUGGUUCUGGCCGACACUGCCACUGAGGACACGUUCAGGAUGGAUAGGCUGUAAUACAGAAUGCUGUAAGUGGCCAACAACAAAAAAGAACCCUAGGAAGAAAGGGAAACCAGGCAUGGCAGGGUGAAUCAUCUACGCAGUUGCAUGGCCAUUCAGCUAUUCAACCUCGCACUCACCCUCAAGUCCUUUGAAAUGAUGAGCCACCAAAACCCAUUGUGGAGAAGGACAUGCAAUGGCUUGUUAGGGUCAGGAAUGGAAUUGCUGUAAUUUCCAAUGAGAUUGUUGGUUGGUCAGAGCUUUGCUAGCUUGCUGCGUUAUCUAUAAUUACUUACCACAUAUCCCAGUGUCACACUGAUAACAGAUCGUAUAUCUCCUUUUGAUUUUCUUUGCUUUUUUUCUUUUUCUACAAAUCUACAUGCAUUUAAAAAGCGAGAAGCCACUAGGAAGGUGAGCUGCACCAUACCUAUUAUCAUUCCUUACCAACCAUACAAGCUUUAUACUUCACACUCAAAGCUUUAUUUUUAUUGACAACCAAAUGUUAAUGUUUGCGUUAUGCGUAUGUUGGAUUAUGUUCUGUUUAAAUGUGUUUUUAUUUAUUAAAAUAUUUAUUACUUCAGUUGAAUGUAUUUUUUUGUUGCAUUUCAAAAUGUGUUUGAGUUCGAAGCCAAAAUGUCUCUGCUCUAACUGUAUUGUGCAAACUACACUGAUUAUGUAUCUAUUAAUUUAAGUUACAUAUUUAUGUAUUAAGCUGCUCUGUUAAACUUAAGGAGUACAAAUCCUCCCCAUGUUUGCUCUUACGGUUGCCAGUUGCUACGACAUCUCGCUAGAUAGAAUCAGAUAAGGCCUCUUAAAAUAUAGGAUAGGAUCUGCAAUUGUUUUCAUCACUUAGAAUUGUGUUUUCAUCACUUACAUGGGCCGCAAUCGUUGUUUCGUCUUGUGCCAAUGCUGUUUUUAAAUGUAUCAUAAUUAAUGAAAAGCAUAUACAACAGAUGCUUAUAUUUAGCUGCUCAUAAGCUUAAACAUAGAAAAUGCAAAUACCCAAACUAGAUGGCCAUAAUUCUCCUUUGCUCUUUGAACAUGUAUAUCCAGAUUGAAUGCCUCCUGAAAAUCUGAAGGAUACAAACUCCUCAGAAACCUGUUGAACUUGUCACUGUGAGAUCACCUGAUUUUGCCUUACAUAUUGAGUAUUAUACUGUUUUUAAGUGUAACUAAUGUGACAGUGUAUUUUCUUAACUUCUCGUAACAUUUUCUUGUAUUUGAGAGGAAUUUUAAAUCCUAGUCAGUGACAAUAUUUGUGGUUAUGUAGUGUAAAGUUUGACAUCACUGUACUGUAUUUUGUACUGGUACACUUUCUAGAUGAGUUGUGGGUGUUUUGUAAAAAAGGAAAUGUUGAUUUCAAAUUUGUGAUGGAGAGUGCAAAUAUGGGGAGGCUUUCUUCUCCUUAAAGGGAAACUUACAAACGCAAAUACAAUUAUUUUGGUAGACAAUUGUUAUGAUAAAAUAACAAUUAUUUAUAAUUAAUAUUUGGUUCUUCCCUCCAGAUUAGUGGCUGGUAGAAAACUAUUUGAACCAUUCCAUUUUAUGCACAUAGCAAAAUGAGUCCUAAAACACAUGUAGAACUUUGCAAAAUUGGUUAAAAAGGGCAGAACUUUUGUCUAUAUGCUAACUUGUAGAGUUGAAAUACUUUAACUUUUUAUUUUACUCCAUCUUCCCCUCUGUUUCAUAUUCUGACAUUUCUGUUUUGAAAACUAAUAUAGUGAGAUGGAAGUAAGUGAAGAGCAACUUGGCUAAAUUGGAUGUUUCCUUCUAUGGGCUGAGAAUAUGUCAACCAUUUAUUUGUUUGGUAAAGAACACAAUAUUCAAUUUUUUUGUUUUUCUCUUAACCUUUGACAUUUUUAUACUGUAGCUAUGUUUGAUCAUGUUUCUACUGUACAGUGAAUUGUGUGUGUGUGUAUAUACAGAAAAUGUAAAUGUUAAUUUAUUUACCUAAAUCCCAAUGUGGGAAGAGGCAUAGUUCCCCAACUAUAAACUUAAUGAUAAGUACAAAUAUAUAUUUGAGAGAAUAUUUGAUUCUUACACAAAUCAGAAAUGAGAAAUCAUACCAUUGCAUCACUAGAAUAUAUAGAAAUGCAUCGUUAUACAAAAAACUGUUUGAGCCAAACUGCAAUACGCCAGUAUGCUACUUUCUUACAGUGCCAUCCAGAUUAAUUCUCUGCAAAUAAUUUUUGUUCAUUUUUGUUUCUCAACAUUUUCCAAAAUGUCCAUUCUGAUAUCCUGUACAUAGGCUAUAGCUGAAACAAAAUGACCGCAUGACAAAAAUGGAAGUGUACCUCAGAAAAAACCCUUCAAAUCAAAUGUUUGGUCACACAUAUUUAGCAAUGUUAUUGCGGGUGUAGCGAAAUGCUCAUUUUCUAUGCAGGUUUGAUUUAAAUUGCACUCUGCAAUGUAGUAAAAACAGAACACCCCAUCAAAUUAUGCAUGUGUCAGUUGUUCCUAAUGAUUCACAUAAAUGGUUACUUUUCAGAUGACUGUGUUGCCUCCAUUUAUGCAUAAUGCUAGCUCAUUGCGGAAAUAAGAAUGUAUUUGUGUAACGUCUUGGAAUUUCUGUUUCACCAAGUGACAAAAGCAUUUUUCUUGAAUAUCUCUUACUAACAUCGAUUUGUUGUUCAAUUGAAUUGGCUGUUACUUGCUUUUGAACCUAGUUCUUCACUGUAGCACUUCAUUGUGGGUUUUAAAUAGUUGUUCUUGUAAGGCGAACCUAUUCUGAAUCCCAUCUUCAUAACACAGACGUUUUUUAAAAGUGGUAGUUCACUCCUUAGAUUGAAGAUUUCAUCUCAAAGUUGUCUGUUGAGAUGAAACCAUUUCAAAAAGCGGGUUGAUGAGUUAAGGAGCCAACUUCUUUCAAAUUCUUAAUCAACUUUGAAUUUCCUGAUCCAGAAAAAGUUUUCUAGCCUAAUCAGAAACCAUGGCAACAAAUCCUCCAACUCCAACCGGCUUCAUUGCAGGAUAACUCAACUUAUAUCUUGAACUUGGAAAUUCACAUUGUCGUGUUCUCAAAUAAUCAAAUCAAAACAAUGGAUGUGGAUAAAAGCUGAAUAGUUGAUGUGAUUUAUAGCAUGCAUAUUGUAAUUAGUUUGAUGCAACUUUUUGUCUUCAAAUGACCACCCAAAUUACUGAGCUACAAGUGUAAACUGAAAGGAAAAAAUUAUGGAAUCCGAUGGUGUGCAUCUUUUCCAUUCCUUUAAGACUGAGGCACACUGAAUAGCUAGAGCUACAGAACGUUAGGCUUGGGCCAUGGACUCCUCUUGACAUUAGACCACAAUAUAACAUCUUCUGACAAAUUUAGACUUUGUAGUGAACUGUCACUUUAAUGGCCUGGCAAGAUUAAAAACAAAACUAGUUUCUCAAGCUACUUAAAUAUGGCGCUUACAGUUGUAGUCAAACUUGGCACUGUUCACUGUUGGUUUUCAAGUGUAUUUGUUUGAUUUACAACUGCACAUGACCAAGAGAGAGAAUUAAAUUUAGAUUUUCAACUUAAGUAAAAAAUUAUUGAAUUAUUCAAAAUUCAAAUGAAUUUGGUUGGAGGCAAGUGAUUCUCUUUUACUGUGUAAUUUCUCACCUGUGGUAAGUUGCAGGUGCCUACAGGGUAAAAAUAGCCAUUCAAACAAUUCUGAAAAGAGAACAUUCUACUCCAUUGCACUCAAUUGUAAAGUGCCUAUAUAUUUCACUGAACUCUGUAUUUGCAGUAAAACUUGACUGUCGAGAGCUUACUGUCAGUUGCAUGACAUGACAGAUGUUAUAUGUAGUCCCUAUUGCUGAUGCGGGUUUAUUGAAAAUGAUUCAGCACUAUCAUGUUGACUUCAACAGUAUGCGUAUGAUCUAUGGCUAGCUAGCUAACAUAAAUUGAGGCAUGUUUUGAAAUCAAUUCUAAACAGAUAUCAGUUACUGUGAUUGCAUACAGUAAGACAUAUUCUAUGUAAGGUUUAACAAACAUGUUUAUUGUAUUGUAUGUGUUCUUAUUCUGUUGCUUUCUCACUUUAUGGUCACCUGCCUUGUGAAUGUGAACAGUGACUGUUCUGUCAAUGCUGACUGUUUUACCCCAAAUUCGAAGAAAGCGUAUAAUGUAUAUUCUUUUCUUUUUGUAAAGCCGGUAAUUUUAAAUGCGACUUGAAAGCAUAUUCCUUAUUUUGGGAUGCAAAACCAGAAAGGGCUUAUUCCAAUGCAGCUUGUUUUCCCAUCAUGUUAAAAAAACGAAAUUGCACUCGAUGUAUACUUACUUGUCGAUCAAUGUACCAUACUGCUCUGCAUAUGCAUGGGAAGUGGAAAUCUAAUAAGGUGAUGUGGACUCCUGUGUUGACAGUAGUUAUUGAAAUAAACUGACUGAAGUGAGAAUGUUCUCUCACUAAGUAUACUGUCACUGCCUGAGUACCUGUCACCACAAAUUCCCUCAACUAAUAAGGUAAACAUUGACCAAUUGCAAAGGAACUUAAUCUCAAGUGAUUGAAGAAUUCUGUUUUGUUACCCAUACUUUAAAUGUAUUAGUAUGAAUCCAUAUAAUUGCCUCUAGAACAGUUGAAGUUGGAAAACCUAAAAUGACGCUUUUGGCAAGUAUUUCCAGUUUUAAUGUAAAGAAAAUCUCUUCUUGGUCAGCUUUAAGUGGGUAUCACAUAUUUAACCAUUGUCCUGUAAAUCAUAUUCUGAGAUGUAGUAUUUCUUUGUUGCUAUGUGAAACUACGUAUGUGGCCCAUUUGUAAGAUGAAACUUGAAUGUGGGUGGCAUCUUUUUCCUGUACAUAGUCUCGAUAUAAAAUAAAACAAAUUUUCACCAAGGUUUACUAAA